GUGCUAGGUGACCACAGCUAUGAUGGAGCUGCUGCUGAUGUAUGGUCAUGUGGAGUCAUUCUUUACUUUUUAAUGGCUGGAUAUCUACCCUUUGAAGGGGUAGACCUCCUAACGUUGCAUCAAAAGAUAAAUGCAGCAGAAUAUGUCUGUCCAUUUUGGUUUACUCCUGGUGCAAUAUCACUGAUACAGAAAAUACUUGACCCCAACCCUGAAAAUCGCAUUAAAAUCGAAGGGAUCAGAAAAGAUCCGUGGUUCCAGAAGAAUUAUAUGCCUAUCCAAGGUAGAAAAGGAGAGAAUUUGGGUAGUGUCUAUGCUGGUUUUUACAACAUCAAGGAUGAUGUUGUAACGGAGCAGUCUGAUAAAACUAGCAAUGGCCCUUAUAUGAUGAAUGCAUUUGAAAUGAUUACUUUAUCUCAAGGGUUGAACCUGUCACCCUUGUUUGAUAGGCGCAAGGAUUUUGUCAAACGGCAAACCCGUUUUGUAUCACGUGAGCCUGCCAAAGAUAUCAUCUCUACCAUUGAAGCAGGUGCAGAAUCAAUGGGAUUAAAGGUCUAUACACGUAAUUACAAGACUCGGAUCGAAGGCGUGUCUUCCAACAAUGGGGCAAACUUUGCUGUUGCGUUGGAGGUCUUCCAAGUUGCCCCAUCCCUUUGCUUGGUGGAUGUCCGAAAGGCAGCUGGGGACACACUUGAAUAUCACAAGUUCUACAAGAGCUUCUGCGAAAGAAUUGACCGUGUUAUUUGGAAAUCAAAGGAGGGGAUGACAAGUGCUGCUGCACUGUGAACAUGGCACUCUCUGUCUGAGGCGCGAAGUGAAUCAAUUCAUGUUGCAAUACGACCGAAUCCUACCCGUCCCUCCUUGCACAUAAAAUGACAACUUUAUGUUCCCCAUGUAGCAAUAAAACUGAAAUCAGACAGUGUUUUUUAAUCAUAUAUAUAUGUAUGUACAUAAUGAUUUCCAAAUUUAAUGAGUCCAAACUUAAUAAUAUUUAUAUGAAGGG